AUGGCACCAAAAGGACCCUACAAACUCUGCACCGUCAACAAAGUCCCCGAGAGAGCAAAGAUUUUAAUCGGAAGAGUGGUUGAGGAUGUUAAGGAGGAGUAUACGAUUGUAUAUGUUAAGAAUGCUGAGAAAGACGUAAAAGCAAUGGUCGAAGAGCAACAACCAGAUGUCCUAUUCGUAGCCUCAAUGUGGACACCCACCGAAUCCAGCGAAAUCCAAUCGAUCGCCCAAUCCACCAGACCCGGUAUCAAAACCAUGGCUAUACCGCAUGGAUUACAAGUAGAGAAGGGCCCUGAUGCUGUUGUGGAGUUUUUGAAGGAGAAAUGGCCGGGGCUUGUUGAUAGAAUUGGAUUGAAAUUUGAUUUGGGGAGGAAUUGA